GACGUCGUCGCCGUCGAUUGACACCUCUGCCAUGGGGACCGACGAGAAGAGGCGGGGGAAGGAGGCGGCGGCGCUCAGCGGGGGACACCUCUGCCACGUGUGCGGGUACCAGUACCCCAACUCGCACCCCAGCGCCAAGCUCCGCCGCUCCCACCGCAAGCACUGCGGCAAGGUGCCGGCGCCGGCGCCAGCGGUGGUGGAGGAGGAAGCCGUCGUGGGGCUGGGAGUCGGCGGGCGGGAGGAGCGCAAUGCGAGUGAGGGGACGCUGCUAGGAGGAGGACAGGGGGAGAGGCGUAGCGCGAGCGAGGCGAACGGAGGCUCUGCGUUGCGCGGAUCUGUGAAAGAAGCUCGCGAUUCGGUGGAGGACAAGGAGAUUGCAGAACAUGCUUCUCCUAAUAGUGCUGGAGCUGAACACGUCGCCAAUGAAUUCAGUGAAAAUGGCCUGAUUAAUUGUAUCAACAGUGAAAAAGUUUCUCUAGAUGAUACUGGAGUCCAAGUCAUCACCAGUGAAUUCAGUGAAAAUGGCUUUGUCGAUUGCACCAGCAAUUCUAUUGAAAUUGUAAAUGAAGGCAAUGGAACUGAGUUGCUAGUUGCUUGCACUAAUGGAAGUCGAAAUAAAGUGGCCAAACAUUGCACUGGAAUUGCACCAGUUGCUGUUGGUCAUCCAGCUGAACACGCAGACGGUGUUGAUGAGUACCAGGAUGCAUCUCCAUUUCUUCAUCAAUCAGAUUCUGAAGAUGUUGCAGCACCCAAUUCUGAAUUUUCUUUAGAAAUUAAGAAUUUGAAUACUGUUUCAUCAGGAACAAGUGUAGCUGCAAGUGAAUUUUCUCUGGAAAAAUAUGGAUCAUGGAAAGAUCAAUUUUCUAGAGAACCCACUAUGACCGAUUUGGAGAAUGGAACUCUUAGAUUGGCUGGGCCUGAAGUAAGCCUGAAGCUUGGGGGUCCAUAUGAAUGCUCUGUGAAUGUUGACAGCAAUUAUACACAUAAGGUUGACAUCAAAUCUGAUAAAACAUCCGGCCAUAGUGAGUUGAUUGAUGAUUCAAAUGUUUUGUCUCUUCAGGAAACCCAUCCGCUUAUUUUGGAGACAGAAUCCGAGUCUACAUGUUCCGGAAAGGUGGAAGGCUUUAUUGAAGAUUCAACACAUGUUUUGAAUACCAUGUCUGAAGCGUCACCAAAACAAGUAGUGGGAUCAGAUAAUGUUCAGUUAGAAACAAUAACUGAUCCUAGCACUAACACAGUGCCAAAUGGGAAUGAAUUGAAGGUCAUUUACUCUGAUCCCAGAGAGCUCCCCACACAGGACUGGACUGUUGCAGAUACUCCAGAUGUUCAGCUGCCUGUUGAGAGUUCUUGCCAGGAAGGUUCAGUAUGUUCUACGGCUGGUUUUCAGAAUGAUCUUCCUGUUACUAAUGUGGAUGACAUGCUCAACUCCAUUGCUGAAGACAGCUGCAGUGAGCUGGAUUUCACCUUUGAGGACAGAGCACAGCCACAUAUUGUUGAGCAAAUUGUUAAUACAGCAAAAGAAAAUCCUUUGGUACAAAACACUCAUGGAUUCACUAAAGUGGAAGUCUGCAACAAACAGAUUGACCCUGAGCUUUCUACAGAAGAUCAAUUUUCUACGAGUCAGAAGCAAGCCUCUUUACAAAUGGAUCAAAUGUCUUCUGACAAGAAUCCAUAUAAUCUAGAUGAUGCCAGGAAUGAUGACUUAUUUGAACUUCCCACUGGCAGCUGCUAUUUGGAGGUACCAAGUGCUGUUGCAUCUAGACAGCAAGUUGACUGUAGAUCCCUGAUAGUGGAUCAGCUGACAGUCUCUAACCAAACUAGGAUGGCUGAAGCACAACAUUGCCGUAGCUCAAAUGAAUGCAUACUAUCUGCAUCAAGUGCUAGUGAAAAUGGUCAUGCGGUUGGUCCAGAAAACAUUCCUGUCAGCAGUAGUGCUGAACUUAUGAAGAAUACUUGCUUGACUGAUGCACCAUUGGACCAUGGCCUGCAGGAAGAUGAAGCACAUACAAGUAGUAUCCCUUUUGUUCCAUCUCAGGCAGCCCCAAUGGAGUUUCGUACAGUAUCUACUCAGGAUAUCAGUGCACUCGGUACAGAUGUUGAAGAAAAUAUGCGGACUGAAGAUGCUACUGCAAAGGUGAUGACUGCAGUACACAACAUAGAUGCCAUUGAAAUGAAACAGGCUGAUAACACUACUACAAACAUAGAUGCCAUUGAAAUGAAACAGGCUGAUAACACUACUACAAAGAAUACAUAUGCAGCUAAUGUUGAAGAAAAGAAGCUGGCUGAAGACACUGCUGCAGAGAUGAAUCAAGUGCAACACAAAGAUUAUGUUGAACAAAAGAAGCAGGAUGGUGGUACAAAGGAGGUGAGUGCAGUUCAGAGCAUGGGAAAUCUUGAAGAACAUAAGCAGACUGAAGUCACAAAUGCAAAUGAGAUGAAUGCAUGGUUUAAAGCAGACGAGGUUGAAGAAAAAAGGCAGGCUGAUGACACCAGUGCAGAGAAGACGAACGCCAUAGGACGUGCAGACGGUUUUGAAGAAAAGAUGCUUGCUCAAGACACUAGAGCAAAGGAGAUGGUUGCAGCACAAGGCACGGGUAAUGUUGAAGAGAAGCAGCAGGAAAACGGCACAGUUGGCCAGGAGGGAAACAAUCAGGACAAAGAGAUUGCUGUCACAGGCGUGAGGUUGAAUUCAGGAAGGGUUCAUGCCCCUCUGAAGGUCCUCCUUGCCGAGGCAAGUGUGGAGAACAAAGUAAAGAAACCCAGCGCCAAGGAACAAGUGCUGUCAUUUCGGCGCCGGGUGUUGAAGGAUGAUAAUUCAUGGGCGAAAUCAGGGUCGCCCAAAUCUGGUUCUGAUGACCUCUACUGGAACUCUCCUGCCAUGCCUCGCAAGGAUAUUGUCAAGAGGUCCAAAGGAAGGAAGCAGCCGUGGAUACCGUUCAUGUGCUGCCACUCCAGACACUGAGGCUGCCUUCUUCAGAGUUCAGUUACACCACGCGCAUCUUGAGCUCUAUCGAUGAUACUGUUCGGCAGUGUUUGCGUAAGGACUGGCUAUGUUCUUGUAUUGCAUUGGUCUACAACUCUACGUAAGCCACUGUAACUAACGUUGUCCAUCUCUUUGUAGAUAGUCCGUGUAAUUAAGAAGAUGGUUUGGUAUAUCAGACAUUUUGAAUCGGUGCAAUUUCGAUGCA